AUGGAUGAUAAUCUAUGUGGAAAAAUUGUUUUUUUGAGGAAGUAUUUACCUGAUGAGUUGGACAAUAUUAAACCACUUGAUUUUUAUGGAUAUCAGGGUUUCAAAAAUUACUGCCCUAGUUCAAGCUGCAAUAGUGAACUCGAAAAAAUUACGAUUGGAUUUUUAUGGUUACUUGAACAAUAUUUUACUAUAUCCCUAGAUAAAAGUUAUAAUGAAAAUAAUACUAAACCAUUUUUUCUAUAUAUUAUUUUAUGGUUAAGUUACAAAUUAAAUAAAAACACAGAGCACAAUACCACCAAAAUAAACGAUUUUUAUACUCAACAUGUAAUUGAUAGUAAUAAAUAUAGUAAUUUUAAAGAUUCUGCCUAUAAAUUUUCAGGUCUUGAGGAAUUCAUAAAUAAACAAAAAGAAUUGUUUAAUAUUAAUAUUAAUGAUCUGUCUAAUUUUUAUGAUGCAUCCAAAUUAAUAUGUAGUAUGUAUGGUAAUUUGGCAACGAAUACAAAUGAGGAUGCACUGUUAAAUAAUGCGAAUGAAUUUGUUAACAAAUAUCAAGAACUUAAUGGAUAUUCUAAUAAUACUGGUGGCAGUUCAUAUCAACAAAUAUUGUCUGCUUUAUCAACUGAUUAUGAUAAUUUAAAAAAUAAAAGUACCAAUGUUACAUCUCUUCCAGAGAUAACAGCAAAAGUUUCUGCACUAAUAUCUGGAGAUACAUCAAGUUCGUCGAUAGGAAACAAAUUAUUUACAGUUUUAUCUAUAUUUGGUGCAAUAGCAUUUUUUUUAGGAAUUUCUUAUAAGUAUUCGUUAUUUGGAUUUCGGAAACGAGCUCAAAAACAAUAUUUAAGAGAAAAAAUAAAAAAAAUAAAGAAGAAAAUGAAUCAUUAA